AUGUAUGGAAAUACACAACCAAAUCAAACUUAUCUUCCAUCAGGCCCUACCACAAAUGGAUUUCAACAAUUUCCUCCCCAGCUACAAUCCGUAAAAGUGGAUAAUUCAAUAGAUCUCUCGGAUGAAGACAUUAUUCAUCAGUCAGGAAAACGUAUGAAACAUGACCGUUCAAGAGCAGCAGACUUCUCCAAAGCUUUCGAUCGACUGCGUGGGAUGAUCCCCACGCACCCUCGUGAUCGAAGGCUCUCAAAAAGUGAAAUUCUCCGCUUAGCAACCUCCUACAUCCGCCAUCUUAAUACCGUAUUAGCAACAGGCAUUCCUCCAUCACAACAUCCCUGUAUGAAACCUUCGAAUUCUUCCAAUUUUACCGACGACAAAUCCCGCAUAUGCACAUUUUGCAUUAAUGACCCUUUAAAUGGGUAUUCAAAGAUCCGAAAAGAGGUGUAA